AUGUCUGUCGAGUCGGGCACGCAGGGCGCCUCCCCCAGGCCCACGCGGUCCGGGAUCCAGAAGUCGUCGGGCACAGUGACCAAGAAGGGGGAUCGCGCGCCCAAGGAGAAGCCCACGACGACAGUGCUGGUGCCGGUGGGCGAGGAGGAGCCCAAAAACCCCGAGGAGUACCAGUGCACCGGGUCCCUGGAGACCGACUUCGCGGAGCUCUGCACCCGCCUGGGCUACUCGGACUUCCCCAAAGUGGUCACCCGGCCCCGCCCGCACCCCACCUUUGUCCCCUCCUCCUCGGCGUCGGAGAAGCCGGUGGAUGACCAGCGGCCCUCAGGCUCCUGCAGCCUCAACAGCCUGGAGAGCAAGUACGUGUUCUUCCGGCCCACGAUCCAGGUGGAACUGGAGCCCGAGGACAAGACGGUGAAGGAAAUCUACAUCCGCGGCUGGAAGGUGGAGGAGAGGAUCCUGGGCAUCUUUUCCAAGUGCCUGCCCCCCCUCAACCAGCUGCAGUCCAUCAACUUUUGGAAGGUGGGGCUGACGGAUAAGACCCUGGCCACGUUCAUCGCCCUGCUGUCUCUCUGCUCACCCACACUCAGGAAGGUGUCCCUGGAGGCCAACCCGCUGCCGGAGCAGUCCUACCACAAGCUCAUGGGGCUGGACAGCACGAUCACGCACCUGUCCCUGCGGAACAACAACAUCGACGACGAGGGCGCGCGGCUGCUGGGCCAGGCGCUGUCCACGCUGCACACCUGCAACCGCACCCUGGUCUCCCUCAACCUGGGCUUCAACCACAUCGGGGACGAGGGCGCCGGCUACAUCGCCGACGGCCUGCGGCUGAACCGCUCCCUGCUGUGGCUGUCCCUGGCCCACAACCGCAUCCAGGACAAAGGCGCCCUGAAGCUGGCGGAGGUCCUGCAGCCCUUCGAGCUGACACACACCGAGGUGGUGGAGCGCCGGCGCCUCCUGCUGGAGAAGGGCACCCAGGAGCGCCUGCGGUCGCCUUCCUCUUCUCGGCAUGGGGACUCCAAAACAGAGCGCGAGAAGGUCCAGCUGAUGGGAGUCAGCAGCGUGGCGCUGAUGGACAAGGCGGACAAGAUGAUGGCAGUGAAGACCCCGAAGGGCCUGUUCAAGAAAAAGGAGAAGGCAGUGGAAGUGGUGAAGAAGGAGGAGAAGUCGGGGUCCGGGCAGUCACCCAUCCUAGGAAACCUCAAGAAGGAAGACGCCCCCAAGACAAGCAAGGGGAAGGUGACCAUCCCCGAGCAGCAGAAGCCGUCCAAGGGGAAAGGCAUCAAGACGGGGAGCAAAGAGAAGCGCAGCAUCCUCCUGGAGUCCGAGCAGCUGAUCAUUGAGGCUACAGAGAUGGUGAACCCUCUGCUGGAGCCCGUGGAACACCGAGACGGGAAGGUGUUCAUGCCUGGGAACAAGGUCCUCCUGCACCUCAACCUCAUCCGAAACCGCAUCACGGAGGUGGGGCUGGAGGGCUUCCUCAGCGUGGUGCGGUACCAGGCCCAGGUGCAGUCCUCCAAGGCCUCCAAGAGCGCCCCCAAGGGCCCCACGGGGCUGCUCCGGCUGAACCUGGCGAAAAACAACUUCUCCCCGCAAAGCCCCGUGUACAUGAUGAUUCAGGACCUGAUGCUGCCGAGGGACCCCAUCAGCAAGGCCAAGCACAGGGAGGAGGAGUCCAUGGCGUCGGCCACCUAG